CCAGCACGCUCCCUGCUUCAUCCUCCACUUAUGAGUCAAUACGUCCACGUCCCGAAAUCCGAGCUGGACGAAGCUCAGCUUCGUCAGUUAGAGGAACACGAGAUCUCGCAAGGCCCUCUGUCCGUACUUCAACAAGCCGUCCGAAACCAUGCUCAAGUCCUGAUUUCCUUGCGGAACGACAAAAACUCUUGGCUCGGGUCAAAGCAUUCGAUAGACACAGCAACAUGGUCCUCGAAAAUGUGAAAGAGAUGUGGACAGAAGUACCAAAAGGCAACAACAAGAAGCCCGUGAACAAGGACCGGUUCAUCAGCAAGAUGUUCCUCCGAGGUGAUUCUGUUAUUCUGAGUGAGUUCAAGCUACUUCUUUUCGAGAAAAUCGUUAACUAUACGCGCUGGCUAGAAGGAUUGCUCAGGAACGAGGACUAG